CCGCACCGCCCGAAUCCAGACCCAACGCCGGCCGCGCGCUUUACUCCGCUCUGACUGACUCCCCGCUCGCCCAGGUGGAUAGAUAGAUAUGUCGAUAGAUAUAGCUUUGGAAGGAUCGGAUCGCAUCGGGUCGACCCAAGCGGCUGCCCGAGUACGCCAGCGUCCCAUCCUCGUCGGCCGAGUAAGCAAGUGCAGCUAGCGGCAGCGGGGAGCAGACAUGGUGUCGUUGCAGUCGGCGCUGCUGCCGGAGGCCGGCAAGCGGCCCCCGUGCCUCUCCUUGGCCGACGCCAGCGUCGUCGCGUCCACCGCCACCAGCAAGAAGCGGAAGCGGGACGGCGAGGUGGAGGAGGAGGAGGGGGAGGAGCACGACGGGAUCGAGCUCAAUUUCGACGCCGCGCCGCUCCCGCUCGAGUGGCAGCGCUGCCUCGACAUCAAGUCGGGGCAGAUCCACUACUACAACACCAGGACGCACAAGAGGACGUCCAAGGACCCGAGGCGGCACGGCGGCGCGGCGCCCGCGGUGGAGGAGGACGUCGCGAAUUGCGGGCCGCAAGGGCUGGACCUGGACCUGAACCUGGCGUUCGAGCCGCGGCGCAGUUCGCCCGUCAAGGAGCUGCAGAAGAAGGCCGAGGCGAAGCCAGCACCGGCGAGAGGCGAUCAUCACGGGGAUCAGACGCCGGGCAGCGGCAUGGAGAUGGUGGCGGCCGUGUGCAUGCGGUGCCACAUGCUGGUGAUGAUGUGCCGCGCGUGCCCGGCCUGCCCCAACUGCAAGUUCCUGCACCCGACGAGCCGGCCCACGCCGGAGCCGGCGCCGCUCAAGCUCGGGCUCCAGCUGCUCUGCUGCAGGGACUAAGCUGGCUCCUAUAGAGAUCAUGCAUGCAUGGACCAAGCUAGCAUUCGAAUAUCCGACCGAUCGUUCGUCGCAUGGUGCACCUUCGAUAAGUGCAACACGAGGGCCCUCACAGUGCACCACCAGUAAUGCAUGUUGUACUAAUGCAUGUUGUACUCUACGUGACCAUCCAUGUAGCCUCGGGCGGGCGUGUACGUACGUACAUGUGUGUGCAAGAAAUAAACAAUGAUAGUAACUAAAUAUCGUUGUUCACGUGUACGUGCUACUCCAUUAUAUGUAGCCUGAGCAGUUGCAUGCGGUGAUCGUGGGGCUAAUCCAGCUGAUGAGCGGUGGUGCUCCAUGAAUCGAAUGAAUGCAUGCAUGCUGACGUAGAUAUAAUUAAGUGCGUAUA